AUGUCCGGCCAUCGGGACACGGACAGCCGAAUUCGACGACCCACUCGCCGACGGUCGCGCUGUCCACGAGCCAUGGAAGCAUCAAAGCCCCUUUCAGAUGGCACCUGCUCCACGCCAGACAGAACGUGUUUCCGCUUGGGCACGAGUGUGCGACAAGUGAGUGUGUCCAGUCCUGCACAUUCGAUGCUAUCGCAAUCAGGCUCGUCGCCGCGACUCGAGCGGACGAGCGUGCAUCGCUGCCUGACAAACAGUCUGCAGGUAGAGGGACAAGAACCAAAAGUGGACGAGGCAAACUCGUCUGCCCGACAUGUUUUUGUUCAACUCGAUUAG